UUUCAGGUUGCUUGGAUUCGUGUAGAAAGCCAAACAAUUUUGUCCAUUCAUACGCACGUAAUUACAAGGAACUAUAGAAUCACAUUAAACCACAAAGAUCAUCAGCACUGGAAUCUGCACAUCACAAACGUUCAAGAGCAAGAUCGUGGCAGCUAUAUGUGUCAAAUCAAUACGGUGCCCAUGAAGAAACAAAUUGGUUAUCUCGACGUCGUAGUACCUCCACAGUUUAUUCAAUCCGAAAGAAGUACAGAAGUUCUAGCUCGCGAAGGGACCAAUGUUACAUUAAGCUGUGCCGUGACUGGUCAUCCGCAUCCUACAGUCACGUGGCAAAGAGAAGAUGGACAAACAUUUCACGCCGGAGCAGCGCACAACAAACAUCAAAAAAAUAGUUAUGAAGGUGAAGAAUUGACGAUAUCUAAAGUAAGUCGUCUUCAUAUGGGUACAUAUUUGUGCACAGCGGAAAACAGUGUACCGCCGCCAGUCUCCAGGAGAAUACAGCUUUACGUACAUUUUCCACCAAUGUUAUGGAUCCCCAACCAGUUGAUAGUGGGCUCUGUGGGCCAGAGCGUAAGUCUGGAAUGUCUGGUCGAAGCCUUCCCUAAGUCCCUCAAUUACUGGACAAAACAUGAUGGCCAGCUGCUUAUCUCUGGAGACAGAUAUGCCGUCACAGUUCAAGAGAACACAUAUAAAAUGCACAUGAAACUAACAAUCUUAUCUCUGAAAAAGGAAGAUUUCGGAUCCUACACUUGUCUGGCCAGGAAUUCGUUGGGCUCAACAGAAGGAUCUAUUAGAGUAUAUGAAACUAUUGAUCCCCAUAGUACGAGCACAGCUAAAACUGCCCAUGAAGAUGAAAGGUUUGAAAUGCUGGAUGAUUCUUUAGGCAGGGACAGAAGCUUUCCAAAUCAAUCACCUGUACAAGAACUACCCAGCACACAAGAUACCAAACGCAGUGGUGCCGUAUCAGCGUUUCCUUCACAUAUUCUUAUUCCACUUUUCUUGGGGUUACGUUUUCUCGUAUGAAGCUCAAGAGUUAGAGGCUGUCUCCAGAUAUGCUCAAUGAAUAUAGACAGUGAUCGGACAUGCAAGCAUGAUCUGAGUAAAGAGGUGAACGACUUGGAUUAGAUCUUAAUAUGGACUACGUAAAAAAGGACUACGGAUUUUAUUGACCACAUUGCUCUAAAUCUUUCAUUGGAGGUAUUGCCUAUGGAGAUCAAACUGUGGAUGGUUUUUUAAAAAAUUUGUUGUUUCUAAUUUUAUACACUAUAAUAAAGAUAUAAAUAUUAGUGCAUUUGAGAUCAUUAGGAAAUCAUAUUAAAUGAAAGUUGUGUAAUGUUUUCAGUUUUGUAUCAGAUUUUGUAACAGUGAAAAUUUUUCUUAAAAAUAAUGAAACAUCUGAUAAAUAGGAAUUAUGCACAAAUUCUAUAUAAAUGUUUAAUUUGAACUGGUGCCAUGCCUCUAUCAUUGAGACAAAGCAGUAAAAUACUGCUAGCCAAUAGAAUUAUUUGAAAGAAAUCUCUAGAGCAAAAAUUAAUUCAAAUGCCACAAAGUGCUUAAUAAUUUAAAUAGUUAAAAAGGACUCUUUGCAGGACCUGUUUCCGCAUUAUGUUAACCAUUUAAUUAACAUAAAGCCUAUAUUUUUCCUUCUUCGAAAACCAAUUAAACACAAAUACGUUGAAAGUAUAACUGAAUUUAUUACAUUUGGAUGUAUAUAUAUAUAUGAAUAUCUGGAAACUAAUGCUCAUCUAACCCCUCUCCUGCAAAAAAGAAAAAAAAAAAAAAAAAAAAAA